AUGCUGUUUUACAAAUACUACGACACUCCUGAAGGUCAGGACAUAUAUAAGAAAGCUUUCGUUACAUCCAAAUAUGCAGCUCUCACAGGUCUUGGUAUAGGAACAAUGGAUGUGUUGAUGUAUUCUCAUCCAAAGGGUCUCUUUAAUACGGCAUAUCGUUUUGGAUACUUCAUAGUCCCGAUGGUGGGAAUGGCUACGACUUUUGCAGUAACAGCUAAUGCUGUACAGAACUUCAGAGGCAAAAACGACGAGUUGAAUUACUUUUUGGGCGGCGCGGCUUCGGGUGCCGUGUUCGCCGUCUGGCAGCGAUCUGGACUUAUCGCACUGCCCGCAGCUAUUGUUCUCGGAGUCGCGGCCACCAUAAAGAAACAAGCAAUCGACAACAACUACACCUUCUUCCCUCAAAUCAAGUACUCUGCCAAGACCGCUGUAAACGCUAAAAGUGAUUGGUCCUUGGUUAAAGAUGUUGAGGAACUGAAAACAUGGACCACAGGUUAG